AUGACUCCCACCCACUCAUUCUCUCAAUCAUAAAACAUUAUUAUUAACCCAUUUCUCUCUCUCCCACAUUACAACAAAAACACCCACUACCCCCCCUUCCCCACUUUAAUUUCCCACUUCACUUCUCUCACCCGACCACGCUCGUCCUUUCAGAUUUUUGUACACUUCUCUAAUCGAAUUCCAUUUAUCUAUAUACCAUUACUACUCUUUCUUUUUUCUUCACCUUCUUGAUCUGGAGACAUUUUUUUUUCUUUUCUUUUCGUUACCUCUCAAUUAUGUCAAUGGACUUGACUUCGUCUGAACGCGUUUGUUAUGUUCACUGCAACUUCUGCAACACCAUCUUAGCGGUAAGUGUUCCUUGCACAAGUUUGUUUAACAUUGUAACGGUGAGAUGCGGACACUGUGCCAAUUUGCUAUCUGUAAACACGGGAUCUUCACUUCAAACACUGCCUAUUCAAGAUCCUCAGUUGCAGAAACAACAAAUAUACGGUGAAGAUCAUUCAAAUAAGGAAUGUGGGUCGUCAUCGAAAUGCAAUAAGUUAUCUACAUUUGAGUCUGCUGAGCGUGAAACACCUCGAAUGCCACCCAUUCGCCCCCCAGAGAAGAGACAACGAGUUCCUUCUGCAUACAACAGGUUUAUCAAGGAGGAAAUCCAAAGGAUUAAGGCUAGUAAUCCAGACAUCAGCCAUAGGGAAGCUUUCAGCACAGCGGCCAAAAAUUGGGCACAUUUUCCUCAUAUUCACUUUGGACUAAAGCUGGAUGGCAACAAACAAGGAAAAUUGGACCAGGCAUUAGCAGAGGGCACUCAAAAGUCUAAUGGAUUCUACUAAAAAGUAAAUGUGUCCUGUGAGUGUGAGUAGUAGCAAUGAAGUUAUUUGUAUUUAGAAUUACUGAAGAGUUGAAGAAGAAUGAUGAGGUUGAUGAAGAAGUCUCCUAAUAUAACCAAAUAGGAUGACAUGCAUGUUGAAAACCUUCGUGAAUUUGUUAUGUGUGUUGUAAGUUCAAUUCCUCUAACACUUAAAUAAGUGAUUUCUAUUCCAGUGAUGAUUGGAUUUAAUAUAAAUGUUAUAAGUUGGUGUUAUUUUAAGUGAAUACAUUCUAUAGAAU